AAGUAUAUAAGUCCAUCCAGCAUCCGAAAAGGACCAGAGUGUGCCACUAUCAUCCAGUACGGUAACUUCGUGCGAUCUGCUCAACUCCUUUUUCUCAUCUGUUCCACUAAAACUUUAGAAAAUACGAAGAAAAUGAUGGCCGCAGCGCAACAGAACGGACGUCAAUCACACAGUUCAUACUCGACGCAAUCUCUUUUGGGCAUUGCCACUCUCCUAGUGGUUUUGCUCGCAGUGCUUCCCAGUUAUCCGUCGUCGGCUAUGUCCGCUCUAUCCAGCGGCCAUCAUUCGUUGUCCAAACGCUCUUUCUUCGAUAUCAACUGUAAGGGACUUUACGACAAAAGUAUAUUCGCACGCCUCGACCGCAUUUGCCAAGACUGCUACAAUCUCUACCGUGAGCCCGAACUUCACACGCUUUGCAGGAAGAAUUGCUUCACCACCAACUAUUUCAAGGGCUGCUUAGAUGCCCUGCUCAUCAACGAUGAAAAAAAUAUUCAAAGCUUUAUGAAGGAUAUUUCAAUCAUUCACCAGAUUCCGAUUUAAAAAAAGAGGGCAUAAAAUGUCCAGGUCGGAAUGUUUUACCACCCCUUUUUUCAAGGCUUGCCUGAAAGUCUUGCUAUUGGAGGACCAGGAUCCAGAUUACUCCGAAAUGAUCGACAAAAUUGGCCGCUAACGCAACUUUCAAGAUAACGUGCACGCACAUCGCUUCUCGUCUAUGAAAUCUUAUUAUUAUAUGUCUUAUUUAUUUGUAUCUCGUUAGCUGUAAUAUUUUUUUUCUCCUUUUUUUUUUUGUCUUUUUGGCAACGCCCCCUUGUACUACGUGUCUCUCUCUUUUUGCCAGUAUUUUUUUUUUCUUCUCGAGCUCCUUGCUUUGUGCGCGUGGUAAACGCACAAAAGGAAAAAUGGAUUUGGACAGUUGAAGAUGGAACAGUGCAAUUGAUACGUUCGCAACCCGUUUGUGUUCUUUCGUCAUAUCAUUUGGCUGCUUUAUUUUGCCCUCUCCCGCCCUUCCUUCUGUGCUGCUCCCGAAUGGGAAAAAAACCAACAAACAAUCUAGUCUACUCUUCUGAUUCAGAGUCUAUAUAUUUGUCGAACGCGAAAGCUAAUACGCGUAUAUAUUUAUAUGAAUCUAUAUCGUUGUUCAGUGCAGGGAAAAUAUAAAAAUUCCCCCUCCUCUAUCUCUCACUUCAGUGCAAUCCCAUGGAGGAAGAAUUUACCAUCACACAUUUUUUAUUCCUCCCCAAAAAAACGCAAAAAAAAAAAUAUAUAGUUCCUACUUCCUAUACUUUAGUGAAAGAUCUCUAUACAAGAACAUGCCUACAUUUGCCAUGUCCAAUAUUUACACUUGAAUGCCUAUUGAGUCGGUCAUAUUUCUGGAUAUAUCAAAUAUACUAUCAAUCAAG